UAUUUUUCCUUGUGUAUAUGAAAUUCAUUCAAUUUGGGCACGGGACCUGACCCAAUAAUAACCUCUUUCCUCUCAAUGCCUAAAACCUAGAGCCGCACUUGGUAUUAUACAUCAUAUACAUACACAUCUACAUCUUCUCCUCAAAAAAUAAAUCUAUAUACUUUCUUUUCUACAUCUAAACCAGUGAGGCAUCAUCGAUCGAUUAUUAGAGAAAAACGAUACAAAACAAAACAAAACAAAUUUGUUCACAUAAAUAAAAACCAAUUUCAUACCCCACCCCACCCACCACCCCUCCAUCAUAAACUUCCACAUCUCAUAUUUUAAGAGUGGUGAGAUAGGGAGUCAUCAAUCAUAGCACGUGCAUUGGAUCAGAUAGCACUGGAUUUUAGAGUAGCAUCAUGGAAAUACUUCCUUGUUCCGGUGUUCAAUAUGCUGGAGAAUCUGAUUGCCCUCAACGCGGUUCUGGAACAGCUUUUGUCUAUCAGGAAGAACCUAAUUGCCCUGAAAAUGUCGAACAAGCUAAAUUGGUCGACGGUCAACUGAAUGGAUCAUUGCAUAACAUGCAAGAGUUAGAGAUAGAAAGGAGAGAUGACGGGACACAGAAUGUUGCUGAUUUGUUGACUAAUUCGAAUUGUCAAUGCAAUGGAGCUUCAUGUUGUAACUGUCAAGGGGAAGACCAAAAGGGUUACGGUGGUUUCCAUGAUUUUGAUGAAGACAUGAUAAAUGAACGUUACUUAACCUCUGAGAAUUCUCUCUCCGUGGUUGAUACAAUUGACAGUGAAUCACCAAAUAACGGUAGGGAAGGAGACUUGUCUUUUUCAGAACCCAAGUGGCUAGAGGGGGAUGCAUCUGUUGCAUUGUGGGUCAAGUGGAGAGGGAAGUGGCUAGCUGGUAUCCGAUGUGCAAGGGCUGACUGGCCAUUAUCAACUUUGAGAGCAAAACCAACUCAUGACCGAAAGAAAUAUUUUGUCAUAUUUUUUCCGCACACAAAGAUUUAUUCUUGGGCAGAUAUGCUGCUUGUUAGGUCAAUUGAUGAGUAUCCGCAUCCUGUUGCAUACAAGACUCAUCAAGUAGGACUGAAAUUGGUAAAGGACUUAACAGCUGCACGGCGGUUUAUAAUGCAAAAGCUAGUUGUUGGCAUGCUGAACAUCGUUGAUCAGUUUCAUCUUAAUGCUUUGACAGAAACUGCCCGUGAUGUGAAAGUCUGGAAGGCAUUUGCCAUGGAGGCUUCUCGUUGUAAUGGUUAUUCUGAUUUUGGAAGAAUGCUUCUAAGGAUACACAAUAGCAUCCUGGCGCACUACAUAAGUGCCAACUGGUUACAGCAUUCUUCUCACUCUUGGAUUGAGCGAUGUCAGAGUACAAAUAGUGCUGAAUCGGUAGAACUUCUGAAGGAGGAAUUGUUUGAUUCUAUUUUGUGGAAUGAUGUCAACAAUCUCUGGGACUCACCAGUUCAACCAAUAUUAGGUUCUGAAUGGAAAACCUGGAAGCAUGAUAUAAUGAAAUGGUUCACGCCAUCACCUCCCUUAUCUAGCAGCAAAGACACUCCUCGGCAGAUUUCUCUUGAUCCAUACCAAACAAACCUUCAGGUAUCUAGAAAAAGGCCUAAACUUGAAGUUCGCCGUGCAGAUACACAUGCUUCAAAAGUGGAAUUCAAGGGUGCAGAUCAUGCUAUUGCUCUUGUGAAUGACCCUGGUUUCUUUAAGAAUCAGGAGACAUUGAGCACAUUAGAAGCUGAGGCUUGUAAGCUUGAAAAUAUUGGAAAGGUAUCUAUCACAAAUGAUCUGUCCGGUAAUUUGACCGAUAAAUGGAAUGAUAUUGUAGUUGAGGCUGCUGAUUCUGGUUUCAUGCAUACCAGAGAAAAUGAAUUAACACCUAUAAAUGAAAUGGCUGGUGUAAUAUCUGCGGAGCCCGGUAGUAAGAAUCGACAAUGUAUAGCUUUUAUUGAAGCCAAGGGAAGACAGUGUGUAAGAUGGGCAAAUGAAGGAGAUGUAUAUUGUUGUGUGCAUUUAUCUUCUCGUUUUUUGGCUAGCUCAGGAAAUGCCGAAAAUCCGGGUCAAAUUGAUACUCCAAUGUGUGAUGGUACAACUGUUGUGGGUACUAAAUGUAAGCAUCGGGCGCUACCUGGAUCUUUACACUGUAAGAAGCACCGGCCUUAUACUGAAACAGAUCAGAUCUCAUGUUUACCCCAAAAUACUAUAAAGAGGAAGCAUGGAGAAAAUUAUACUGGUUCAGAGAACAUGUUCAGCAAAGACAUGGUUUUGGUAAAUGUUGAAGCUCCACUGCAAGUGGUUCCAGUGCCAUCCAUUGCUGGUGAUUCAUUACAUGGAGAAAGCAACUUGUUUGGGAAGCCAAUGCAUUCUGAAGAGGGUCAUGUUGCAACGGAGGCUCUGAACUGUAUAGGUUCUCCUCCAUUUGAUAAUAAGAAUCCUUGUAGGGAAGCUCCUAAACGCUAUUCCUUGUACUGCGAGAUCCACCUUCCAAGUUGGCUUAAGCGAGCAAGAAAUGGGAAGAGUAGAAUAGUAUCAAAAGAAGUGUACUCAGAACUUUUGAAGGGCUGCAGCUCGUGGGAGCAGAAGGUACAACUGCAUGAAGCAUGUGAGCUUUUUUAUAGGCUAUUCAAAAGCAUUUUAUCACUAAGAAACCAAGUUCCUAAGGAUGUCCAAUUCCAAUGGGCUUUGACUGAAGCCUCUAAAGUUACUGGUGUUGGAGAAUUUUUUACAAAGUUGAUUCUUAGUGAAAAAGAGAGAAUCAAAUUGAUGUGGGGAUUCAAUGACGAAAUGGAUGUAACCCCUGUAAUAGAAGAACAGCAACCUCUCUUGCUCAUGCCACCCCCAAUUAAUCAUAGUUUCGAUAAUGAAAAUGCCAUCAAGUGUAAGAUAUGCUCCACAGAAUUUCCUGAUGACCAAGCACUUGGUAACCAUUGGAUGGACAGUCAUAAAAAGGAAGCUCAGUGGCUGUUUAGAGGCUAUGCAUGUGCCAUUUGUCUGGAUUCUUUUACCAACAAGAAACUACUGGAAUCCCAUGUUCAGGAGAGACAUCAUGUGCCAUUUGUCGAACAGUGUAUGCUUCUCCAAUGCAUUCCUUGUGGGAGUCAUUUUGGAAGUUCUGAACAAUUAUGGCAGCAUGUUUUAUCAGCUCAUCACGCUGAUUUUAAGCCAUCAAAAGCUCAUGAGCAGCAAGCUUUCUCUACUGGGGAAGGUUCGGUGGUAAAGCAUGACCAGGGAAAUUCUGCCUCUAUGGAAAAUAAUUCCAAGACUCCAGGUGGUCCACGGAGGUUAGCUUGCAGGUUUUGUGGGUUGAAAUUUGAUUUACUACCUGACCUAGGCAGACAUCAUCAAGCUGCUCAUAUGGGCCCCAAUCUGGUUAGCAACCGUCCUGCUAAGAGGGGAGUUCGCUAUUAUGCAUAUAAACUAAAAUCUGGCAGACUGAGCCGCCCUAAAUUUAAAAAAGGUUUGGCAGCAGCCGCAUCAUUGAGAAUGAGAAAUAAAGCUAAUGCCAAUUUAAAGCGAUGCAUUCAGGCAUCAAAGUCAAUUGGCCUGGAAGAAACAACAACCGUGCAACCUCAUGUAACAGAAACAACAUAUAUUAGUGGAUUGUCAGAAAAUCAAUGCUCAGCUGUUGCCAAAAUUUUGUUUUCAGAAAUUCAGAAAACUAAGCCUCGGCCUAACAAUCUUGAUAUUUUAUCAGUUGCUCGCCUUGCUUGCUGCAAAGUUAAUCUUGUAGCCUCAUUGGAAGAGAAAUUUGGAGUUCUGUCUGAAAAGCUCUAUUUAAAGGCAGCAAAACUUUGCAGCGAGCGUAAUGUUGUUGUGAAAUGGCACCAUGAGGGGUUUGUUUGUCCAAAAGGUUGUAACUUGUUAAAGGAUCAAGCCUUGCACUCUCCUUUAGCAUCUCUUCCUAAUGGUUUUGUAAUACCGAAGUCUGUAAAUUUUUCUGAUCCUGCAAGUGAUGAGUGGGAGGUCGACGAGUUUCACUGCAUAAUCAAUUCUCAAAGUCUAGGUUCACGGAAAAAGGCCGUAGUAUUGUGUGAUGACAUUAGCUUUGGAAAGGAAUCAGUUCCUGUUAUUUGUGUAGUAGAUCAAGAACUUCUACAUUCUCUAAAUGCUGAUGGAUCUAAUGAACCAGAUAUUAUCUCUUCUAAACCUUGGGAUAGCUUCUUCUAUGUUACGAAGCCAAUAAUUGAUCAAUCCCUCGGUCUUGAUUCAGAGAGUCCGCAAUUGGGAUGUGCCUGCUCAUAUUCAUCCUGCUGUCCUGAAACAUGUGGUCAUGUAUACCUUUUUGGUGAUGACUAUGCGGAUGCAAAAGACAGAUUUGGGAAGCCAAUGCGUGGCAGGUUCCCAUAUGAUCAUAACGGUCGAUUAAUAUUGGAGGAAGGUUACCUUGUCUACGAAUGUAACCGUAUGUGCAGAUGCAAUAAAUCCUGUCCAAACAGAAUAUUGCAGAACGGAGUACGGGUCAAAUUGGAAGUCUUUAAAACAGAGAAAAAGGGAUGGGGAGUAAGGGCUGGCGAAGCUAUUCUGCGUGGAACAUUUGUGUGUGAGUACAUAGGAGAGGUUUUAGAUGUGCAGGAGGCACACAACAGGCGCAAAAGAUACGGCACAGGGAAUUGCAGUUAUUUCUAUGACAUCAAUGCUCGUGUUAAUGAUAUGAGCAGAAUGAUUGAAGAAAAGGCCCAAUAUGUGAUUGAUGCUUCUAAAAAUGGAAAUGUGUCGAGGUUCAUCAAUCAUAGCUGCUCGCCCAAUCUUGUCAGUCACCAAGUUCUCGUAGAGAGCAUGGAUUGUGAGCGUUCACACAUUGGUUUUUAUGCAAGUCAAGACAUCGCUCUGGGUGAAGAACUGACAUAUGGAUUUCAGUAUGAGCUUGUGCCUGGGGAAGGAUCUCCAUGUUUGUGUGAAUCAUCAAAAUGUAGGGGACGCCUUUACUAGAACCUCAACACCUGCGUGUUCUGUUGCAAUAAUAUUUUCAGAUUUGUCAAUUUGAUGCUCAAUUUAUUAAGAUGAAAUGAAUUCAAUCAAUUUCCUGAGGCAGGUAACUUGUAAAAUAGGCUAUAAUUGAUUGGCCGGCUGUCUAUAGAAAACUUCAUAGGGUUCAAGGGAUUUGGAUUUUUUGCUAGCCGUGUACUGUGCCUCCAUCUCUGGUAGAGUAGUUUUAGUAGUUUCUCUUGCUUUUUCGAUAUUUUUUACUUGAAGCAGAAGUCCAGCGGAAAACAAAAGAAGUGUUUCUGCAGUUCUGAUAUGAUUUCUCUCUUAAAUUUGGAUCUAUGGCUCAAUUUCAUUAGUAGUGUUGCAGGAUUGUACAUAUGCUUGCUAUAUUUGGUCCUCCUUUUCUUUGCUGAGUUACUUAUUUAUACAAUUAGCUUGCUUGUAAA